GAUGGUGGGAGAGUGUUCCUAUUCAAGAAUAUAGAUGAUUAGGACUUCUUAGCACUUAAAUUCCUCUUACAAAGUGUGUGAAGUGAGUUUUGGGAUGUGUGAAGUUGUUGGGAUCGAGUUCUAAGCUUUGUAUUUAUACUUGGAGUGAAAAAUCAUCAAAAUAGGCAUCAAGUGCAAUCUCCUGGUAGGGCGAUUCGAGAUGUGAGAAUCGUUCGACUUGGGCGUUCUCUCUGACUCGUAAAGACCUCUCGAACGCUUGGUAGAGCGUUCUUCAAUGCGUGAAAUUUCCAACUCGGGCAUUUUCCCUGUUUUCGAACUGUAGAACGCGCGAUCGGGCGUUUUCUUUCCUGCUCCAGAGCGCGACUCGGUCGUUGUCUCUAUUUCGCCACCUUUAAACCCGGUUUAAGUCCAUUUUCACCUGUUUUAAUUCCAAAACUUUGACAAACUCGUUAAAUAAUCUGAAUAGUGCAUAUUAAGCUAAAAAUAACUCAAUGACCCAUAUUAAAUAUCCACUAUAAUAUCCUAAACCAUGAGUUUACCAACCGUAUACUCUGUUUUCUGCAAAGAUCAAGAAAUGUCACUCUUUUAGAUUUAUAUAGAUAUAUUUCACCAGUUACUACACCCAAUCAAACAAGUAGUAUUCAUUUAUUUAGAAAUUUUUAUGUUCAUCUGAUAACUAUUUGUCUGACAUGGCUGCGUGUCAAGCUUUGGGGUCACGUGUGAUAUAUCCCAAUUGCUCCUCCUACAAUAAUUUAUGUCUUCCAUAAUUUCAUUAAAUAAAAAACAUGCAUCCUCCCUGAACUAUUGUCACACUCCUAGUUUUAACAAUAAAAUACCAAUAUAAUAUAUUCCCUUUCACCCCCAAAAUGUUACUCUUUUGAACAUUCCUCUCCAUUAUCAAUACAAUUACACACAUAUAGUAUAUAAACAAUCUAGACUUCCCCAAAAAAAUACACACACAAAAAUAAAAAUGAAGCCAAUGUUUGAUGGCACUAUUUUUCAAUCAUCAAGCACUGAUUUCUCCUCAGACAAUUCCUCCUUGAUUUCAUCCUCGGAAUCGUCUCUCCCCUUCGACGAGAACGAUUCCGAGGAAAUGCUCCUCUACGACGUCGUCGCAGAGGGGCGCCGCCAAGCCAGCGAUGAGGUGAACUCGUCGCUGGCACCAAAGGCGGGAGCGUCGUUCCGCGGCGUGAGGCGGCGGCCGUGGGGGAAGUUCGCGGCGGAGAUAAGGGACUCGACAAGAAACGGGGUGAGGGUGUGGCUGGGGACGUUCGAGACGGCGGAGGCGGCGGCGCUGGCGUACGACCAGGCGGCGUUCGCGAUGAGGGGACCGGCGGCGGUGCUGAAUUUUCCGGCGGAGAGGGUGAGGGAGUCGCUGCGGGAGAUGAGGUGGUGCACUGAGGAAGGGGUGUCGCCGGUGAUUGCGCUGAAGAGGAGGCACUCGAUGAGGCGGCGCGGCGGCGGCGGAGGGAAGAAGAAGAAGAAGGUGGUGGUGUUUGAGGAUUUGGGGGCUGAUUUUUUGGAGGAGCUUUUGAUCAAGACUUCUUGGUGAAAUUCAAAAGCCACCUACUUUUUUUUCUAUCUUGCUAAAUGUUGUCCAUAUCCAUAGUAUAAAUGUGGCCACUAGUUUAGGAGUUUUUGUUCUUCCUUUGUUUAGAUAAAGUCUUCAUCUAAUAUAGUGUGUGGAAGAUUUAGUGUUUUUUGCAUGGGAGUAUUACUUUUUGUUAGGAUUAAUAAAUGAACAAAUAUUUAGUAAUAUUGUCUUA